CGUGGCGUCCGCCGCCAUCCUUCUGCUGGGCGGCGCUUCCGCCGGCGUGCGGGUGGGAAUCCGCAGUGGUCUGCGGGUGAUGGAGCGUCGGGCGGGCUCUCGGCUUAGGGCAUGGAUGCUGUUACUGCUCCUGUGCCCGGUGCAGGGCCGCCAGAAGGACUCAGAUACCUGAUGGCGCAGGUAGAGGAACAGACUUGACUCAAGCCCCGACAAGUUACACAAAGAAUCGUUCUUGGCAUUUCCACUACUGGGAAAGGAAGGGGAUUUCUCCAAGUGUUGGUCUUCUGUUGCUUCUGCCUGGUGCUUGGCAAAUACGAAUGCCAAGGGCAUUUAUUCUGUUAACUCUCAUUUCCUUCACUUUUUGAAGGCUCAAAAUGGAAAGUAUUUCUUGACCAAAUUAACAGGGCUUUGGAGAAUUAUGAACCAUGUUCAAGUCAAAACUGCAGCUGCUAUCACGGCGUCAUAGAAGAGGACCUGACUCCUUUCCGAGGUGGGAUCUCCAGGAAGAUGAUGGCUGAGGUGGUCAGGCGGAAGCUAGGAACCCACUACCAGAUCAUUAAGAACCGGUUAUUCAGGGAAGAUGACUGCAUGUUUCCCUCCAGGUGUAGUGGCGUGGAACACUUUAUUUUGGAAGUCAUCCAUCGCCUCCCUGACAUGGAAAUGGUAAUCAAUGUCCGAGAUUAUCCUCAGGUUCCUAAAUGGAUGGAGCCUACCAUCCCCGUCUUCUCCUUCAGUAAGACAUCGGAGUACCAUGAUAUCAUGUAUCCUGCGUGGACAUUUUGGGAAGGGGGCCCUGCUGUGUGGCCACUUUAUCCUACAGGUCUUGGACGGUGGGACCUCUUCAGAGAAGACCUGUUAAGGUCAGCAGCGCAAUGGCCGUGGGAAAAGAAAAAUUCUACAGCAUAUUUCCGAGGAUCAAGGACAAGCCCAGAAAGAGAUCCUCUCAUUCUCCUAUCUCGGAAAAAUCCAAAGCUCGUCGAUGCCGAGUACACCAAAAACCAGGCCUGGAAGUCUAUGAAAGUAAUCAGCAACCGUCUGACUCGAACCACAGCAGUGCUGACUCUAAGAACGUUGCCAUCUGGGUAGAGUUUGAGAUUAGGCUUCCUCUCAGUGGUGAGAUGAGCGCAGAGCAGAUUCCCUGCGAUGGUGUUAGCGAUACUCUGGGAAAGCCAGCCGCUAAGGAUGUACACCUCAUAGAUCACUGCAAAUACAGAUACCUAUUUAAUUUUCGAGGUGUAGCUGCAAGCUUCCGGUUCAAACACCUCUUCUUGUGCGGUUCACUGGUCUUCCAUGUUGGUGAUGAGUGGGUGGAGUUCUUCUACCCACAACUAAAGCCAUGGGUUCACUACAUCCCAGUCAAGACCGACCUCUCCAAUGUCCAGGAGCUGUUGCAGUUUGUAAAAGCGAAUGAUGAUAUCGCUCAGGAAAUUGCUAAAAGGGGAAGCCAGUUCAUCAUAAACCAUUUGCAGAUGGAUGACAUCACCUGUUACUGGGAGAACCUCUUGACUGACUAUUCCAAAUUCCUGUCCUAUAAUGUAACAAGAAGAAAAGAUUAUUAUCAGAUCGUUCCCAGACGUUUGAAAACUGAACUGUAGUAUCCAUCCCAGGACCAGAAUCCUGACAGUGGAUCUGAGAUGCUCUGUGGUGAAAUACCAUGAUCAUGAUGCCUGUACCUUGAACACUUUUGGACAAGCCAAACAUCCAGUUUUCCUUAUCAUGUUGAAGCCAGAGGGACUCUUGAGAAAGAUCUAGUAUGUGUGUAAUGAGCAGAAAUGAAACAGCUCAGCUCUUUGGAAUCAUGAGAUAAGGCUUUGGAACUGCAUUCUAACCAUCGUUUUCCUAUGAUCAGUCACAGCUUGUGCCUCGGGUCAUCUACGUGUGUUAUCACUGUGAAAUGGACUGUGUCCAUCUGAAGAUGCUUUGUCCUGUUAUUUGGAGCAGACCAUCCAUCGUUUGGAACUAGUACAAUACACAAGCAACUCUGAAGUUAUUUUAGGUUUGAUUCUGUUGCUUUAUUUUUAUGUAGAAAUCCUUUGGAGUUUGUGAAAAAUACCACAGCGAUUGCUUCCUCUGGAGUCUGAAGGAGGCCAGUGGCUGUGCUCUGUUUUGUAACUGCAUAAAUUCUCUGGCACUCAGGAGGUUUCCAUAAUGCCUCAGUGGCAUGAGUAACUUCUGCAGUUGGAUUUCAGAUUCCCAUUUUGUGCCUUCAUGCCCUUUUUAUUCUCUCUGAAGGAGAUUAAGAGAAAUUUCCCAGUCCUUUCAGGAAGCAGUCUCACUAAAGAACUAUGCCUCUGUAAUACUAGCACUUCUGAAGCGAGAGGCAGGAAGAUGAAUUCGUGGCCACCCUCAGCUACACAGGAGUUCAAGGAGAGCCCGGCUACAUGAGGUCCUGUCUCACCUUUUGCACAUCUUUUAUUUUGCCAUUUUGAAUUUGUAGCAGCAGGAUCAGCUCAGUUUGCAGAGACUGCAGUCUUCAUAUGUGACCAUAUCAUGAAGUGGCAAUUUAUAGAGCACUCAGCUUUCGCUUUUACUCCGGUAUGAGGUUAUCCUUGGGCUCCAGCAUCACCUCUGAACCUCCUUGGCAGUUGGCGGCUCACAUCUGUGUUCUGUGCCACCGUGCUGCUUUGUCGUUACGCGCCUCUUUCCCCCACGCUCUGUACGCUUACUGAUGGACGAGAAUGACGUUUCUCUGCUCUUGAUGUCUCCAUUAUCAGCACAGUGCCUCACGCAGAGCAGUUACUGAACAGCUAUUGGAAUGAGUGAGUGGGAAUGGAUGGAUACACUCGCCUGGCCUAACUAAAGUCUAUUUUUUAAACUGCUCGGUUGCUUGCUCCAGUGGGGAUGAGAUACACUGUGAGAAAUGGGUCAGUUCAGAUCCUUACUUGCCCUGGAGUAGUAAGGAGUAUCUGUUUUUAAAAACAACAAAAGUUACUCGGCUCUGACUCUUGCCUGUGUACCUCACUGUAGAUGGUAUGCGAAUGGUGGGUAACAGUAUGUCAAGUGUGUGAUUUCGAAAAUGGUUUGUAUGGUCACACUUCUGAAGAUUUCUGUUAUCAUUAAUACUGGUUCGGUCCUAAACGUAACCAUUGGCUCCUCAUUUACUUACUAUAGAAAAGACUACUAUUGUUUUCAAUAUAACCGAAUAUAAUA